CGUCAUGAAGCCGCGCCAGUGUUGUUGUACCAAGACAAACAGAAGCUAAAAGCGAGGCUAGUGGUGAAAUUUGGAUGGUGCCUCCUACGUGGACUCUGCACUGUUUGGUUUGGAAGAACUGAAUGAGGUGCUGCCCUUUGCCUCUGCUCUUGUGUGAGUUCUACUGCUGCCGGGAUGGGUCAGCAGAUCUCAGGUCAGGCGGUGAUGAACCAUCUGCCUGAGAAGCUGGUGAAACAUGCCGGAUUGGUUCGUGACAGUGGCUACCUAAGCUACGAGGAGUUUCUAGCAAGAGUGGCUGAACUUAAUGACGUUACGGCCAAGCUAGCUGCUGGACAGCAGAAGCACCUACUGUUUGAGGUGCAGCCAGGAUCUGAUGCUACAGCCUUGUGGAAAGUGGCUGUCAGGGUUGUGUGUACCAAGAUCAAUAAGGAGAAUGGCAUGGUUGAAGCAUCGCGGAUCAUGAACCUGUAUCAGUUCAUCCAACUCUAUCGUGACAUCACCAGCCAGGCAGCCGAAGUGUUGUCUGUAGAGGGUGCCACUAAGGGCCCCUCAACCGAGCUUCCCUCCACUGACUCCUGCCAGGCCAGCAUGUGGAUGGGCAGAGUGAAGCAGCUGACCGAUGAAGAGGAGUGUUGCAUCUGCAUGGAUGGAAAAUCUGACCUCAUCCUGCCCUGUGCACAUAGCUUCUGUCAGAAAUGCAUUGAUAAAUGGAGUGGCCAGAGCCGAAAUUGCCCAAUCUGCCGUCUGCAAGUGACUGCUGCCAAUGAAUCGUGGGUAAUGUCUGAUAUCCCCACAGAGGAUGACAUAGCCGGCUACAUCCUCAACCUGGCUGAUGAGGCGGGCCACCCACACAGGCCUUAACAUGCAGAAUACUGAGCCAAGUAGAUAGCAAAGGGAAAUAUACCCACUUCAGUAGACUUUACAUACUGAAACACAAAACACCACUUUCACUGAGAGGUUUCUUUUUUUCCCCCCUAAAGAGCAAAACAGAAAAGAAUCCAGCAGGUUUCUUCUCUUUAUAUUCUUUGUGACAGCUUCUGAAAAUCUCCUCUUUUAAGUCCUAAAAAUCCCAGGAUGCUUUUUGAAACCAGAGUAUUGUUGAUGUGAUACUUCAUGGAGUUUUGUGAUAUGUUGUUUGAAGUGAAAACAUCUUUUAUUUGUAUAUUACAAUAAAUUGUAACAUUUUAAUGGAACCCAGAAUAACCAAAUGUUGCUUAAAGUACUAACUGAAGAAGAGGUGGUUGGGGUUAACUAGGCACUUUAUAAAACAAAUGCUGAUACAUGUUGAAAUUGCCUUCCUUCAAUAUGAAUGAGAGAGACACAGUUGCACUUUCUUGUAAAGUUUGAUAAGUAUGACUCUCAUUCAUAUCAUUUAAAUCAUCACUUUGACAUUUUGGGAAACUGUCUUGUUUGCUGUCCAGGGAAAGUCAGAUGUCUGUAAAUGUAGGACAGCAGUUAGAUUAUCCUCAUACAAAGACUGGAAACAAGGAGAAAGGGCCGGCUGUAGCCAGUGUUAUUAAAUCAUCUUUUAAUAUGUUAUAUUUAACUAUAUCUAAAUGUGAAAAAUAGAGAAAUUUAAAGAUGAAUUUGUGCUGUAGACUGAUUCAUGGCUAAGUUGCUUCAUGAAGUCCCUGCAGGACUGUUUUCAACUUUUGGACAGCAUCGGGCUCUUUUGUAGUCUCUGUGCUAAAUUUGGGAAGUGACCUUGCAGUGAACAUAUAGACAGUAAAUUGGUAUUGAUCAAAUCUUAAACCUCUGGCAAAGAGCAAAUAAGCAAUUUUUCCCAAAAUGUCCUAUUCUUCCUUCAUGUGCAAAUCCAAGACACCAAACAUACUUGUCGUAUUUGCCAGGGCUUCUGGACAAGCAGUAAAGUGAAAAUUUAUGUUCCAUCUAUAAAGCUGUUUGGAUGUCUGUGCAAUGUAUCCCUGCAUGUUUGUACCCCACAUGACAUGGACCAUGAGCUGUGUUAUGUGAAUCUGUACUAAAAUCCUGUUCUGGUGCAGUUCAGGACACAGGACUGAAUAGUCUCAUGUGAUUUUAAUGACUUGGCUCGUUGUGGUGUCUUAACUGUUGUAAAUCACCUUUGCCUGUCACAUAAGCUGUUCUCCUCUUUUUACUUUUAUGAAUUUUUUUCUAAUUAUUUUUCUCUCAUCUUUAUUUACACUAUUUUAUUAUGAAUUCUGUAGAAAUCUUUUAGUUUGCACUCCCAAAACUGCACUCUGUGCUUCGACGUGACUGUAAUUAAAAGCAACUUAAUGACUGAGAGAGGGGCAGCUUGUAGGGGAACAGUGAGUAAAAUCACUGAAAUUGUGUUAUGUUUUUUUGUUUCCCCCUGGGUCUAACCGAUCCCUUGUGGCACUUUCAGUUUAAGUUGACAUAGCUGUGACACUCGAAGUUGAUUAUUCCGGAAAUAUUUCAUUAAAUGUGAAUGUGUAUGAACCUUAUAGAUUUCAUUUCUGUUUCACUCAAAUCCAAUUCUUCAUUUAAAAUUGUAUUAAAGAAAUGACUUAUUUUGA